AUGGAAAACUUUGAAAACUUGGAGACAUAUAGAAUGUAUAUAGAUGCACAGCUAAAUGAUGAUUUCAUGGAAUCUGCACCUGAAAAUAUAGAAUCUGAUGUCGCAAAUUUAGUAAAUGAAGCAGAACUUCCUCUAUAUAAGGGUUGUCCUUCCACAAAAAUGUUAGCAACAAUUAAGUUUUUCAAGUUUAAGGCUAGAUAUGGUCUAUCUGACAAUGGUUAUGAUGAACUUCGUGAGAUAGUUGGCAGUCUUUUGCCUCCAGAUAACAUCCUUCCAAGUUCCUUAUACUCAACAAAAAAAUUACUUAAAGCAUUUGAUCUAGGCUAUGAGAAGAUUCAUGCGUGUGUGAAUGAUUGUUGUUUGUUUAGAAAGGAUCUAGAGCACAAGGAAACUUGUCCGAAAUGUGGUGCCUCUCGAUGGAAAGCUAAUAAGCUCACCCAAAAGAUUGAGAAAGGUGUUCCUGCUAAGGUCUUGAGGUACUUUCCAAUUAUCCCUAGAUUUAGGAGAAUGUUUAGGGAUGCUGAAAAGGCAGAACAACUUACUUGGCAUGAAACUCACAGAAGUCAGGAUGGCAAAAUGCGUCAUCCUGUUGACUCGCUUGCAUGGAAGAAGAUUGAUAGUAAUUGGCCUGAAUUUGCAAAAGCUCCUCGUAACCUUAGACUCGGUCUUUCAUCAGACGGAUUUAAUCCCUUUGGUGAUCUUAGUUCUAGAUAUAGUUGCUGGCCUGUGGUUUUGGUUGCAUAUAACCUCCCUCCCUCUUUGUGCAUGUCCAAGGAAAAUUUGAUGUUGACAUUGCUCAUCCCAAGUCCUAAGCAACCUAGGAAUGACAUAGAUGUGUAUUUAGAACCACUCAUUGAAGAUCUGAGAGAACUAUGGAUCAAUGGGGUAAGUGCUUAUGAUGAGUUUACCAAGUCUGUAUUCAAUUUGAAAGCUGUAUUGAUGUGGACAAUAAAUGAUUUCCCUGCUUAUGGAAAUCUUUCAGGAUAUUCAACAAGGGAAAGAAAGCAUGUCCGGAGAUUUCUUGCACACAAUCAUCCAUAUCGGCAGAAUAAGGCUUGGUUUGAUGGUACUAUUGAAGAUAGAGUGAGGCCUAGAAAGUUGACUGGUUCAGAAGUAUUUCAUGUGGUGAAGGGUAUUAAAAAUAAUUGGGGUAAGAAGAACAAAGCUUGCACCAAGAAAAAGAGAAAAAAAGUCGACAAAGAUCAAGGUAGAAAAAGGAAGAGAACUGAAGGUGAAAGAUUAGUUGUGAAUGAAGUGAUUGAUGAUUUUGCUGAUGAUAUUGAUGGUAGCGGUGAUGAGUAUAAUAGUGAUGAUCCUACAAAACUUUCAAAGAGAUGGAAGAAGAAGUCAAUAUUCUUUGAGUUGCCAUAUUGGGAGACUUUAUUAUUGCGCCACAAUUUGGAUAUGAUGCAUAUUGAGAAAAACAUUUGCGAGAGUAUUAUUGGAACUUUAUUGAAUAUGAAGGGAAAGACAAAGGAUAACUUAAAUUUGCGCAAGGAUUUAAAAGUGAUGGGGAUUCGAAAAAAGCUACACCCAAAACAAGAUGGUUCCAGCAAAUCUAGAAGUGAUAAAGCACCUUACGUGCUCUCAAAGGCAGAGAAGAAAAUAUUUUGUAAAAGGGAGAUUGAGAAGAAAAAAAUAGGUCUACUUGAUGAUGAUAUUGUUGAGACUCUAUGCAUGCUAGAAAGAUUCUUUCCUCCGUCUUUCUUUGAUAUUAUGGUUCACCUACCGAUUCAUCUUGCACAAGAGGCUCUUAUUGGUGGUCCUAUACAUUAUCGCUGGAUGUACCCUUUUGAAAGGUUUAUGAAGGACCUAAAAGGAUAUGUCAAGAAUCAAUCAAAUCCUAAAGGGUGUAUAGCAGAAAGAUAUUUGGCUGAAGAGAUAACACAUUUUUGUACUGGAUAUAUUAAAGAAGCAUCUGAAAUAGGUGUUCAAUCAAAAUGCAAUGAGGCUCUUGAUGAUGAAACAAUAUUGGAAGGGCGACCACUUGGCAAGGGAAAACAAAAAACAUUAAGUUCUUCUAUGUUAGAGAUUGCUCAUCGAUUUGUGUGGACAAAUACUACAGAAGUAGAUCCAUGGAGAGAAAUGCACAGGGAAGAACUGAAGUGUUUAGAUUCGCGUCUUGAAGAUAAUGAAAGCCUUCUAGAAAAAAGACAUAUGAGUAGUUUCAGUGGAUGGUUAGCAGAUAAAGUUAAGUUUGGUGAUUGUAGUACUAUGUCGGAUAUAGUGAAGUGGCUAGUUUGUCGGCCAAAACAAUCUGUGGUGUCCCAUUCAGGCUUCAUUAUUAAUGGGAACCGAUUUCAUACAGAGACUACUGAGAAGAGCACACAAAACAGUGGGGUGUCCGUUGAAGGCGACACAAUGUGUCGAGCAAGUGCAAGGGAUAAUUCACAUGUUCUGGAUAGAGUGCCAUAUUAUGGCGUUAUAAGAGAGAUAAUUUUGCUAGACUAUCGGAAAUUUAAGGUUCCACUAUUUGAUUGUUAUUGGGCUAACAUAGGGACUAGUGUCAAAGUUGCAGAUGGUCUCACAUUGGUUAACCUCCACAGGGGGCAGCAUCAAUUUGAUCAAGAUCUCUUUAUUUUUGCAUCACAAGCAAAACAAGUUUUUUAUUCGAGAGAGAGUGACACGUCAAAUUGGCAUGUUGUACUUAGAGCACCGCCUAGAGGUUUUUUUGAGAAUGAUUCUGUUGAUGAGAUUGCUUAUAUGCCAGUGGAUGUAUCACAGCUAGACCUAGAUGUUGAUGAUGAAGAAUGUUAUAGAUAUAAUAAUGAGGAAAUCUAUUCGACUAUGCCUUCUGGAGAGAUCUCAAAGAAAGGUGCAAAGAGAGCCAAAAUGCAAGAUAAAGUUGCACAUGCAGUUGAUGUUUCAGCUAGGCAACAAAGGCAAUCCCAUGAGACAUUCUGA